GAGCACCAGCAGGCUAACAUGGCGGAGACUAACCUGAAGAUCAGCGGAGGGGCAGUGAGGUUCGGAGCCACGUACGGAGGCAACCGGCUCUUCUCCGGGAGGAGUCUGGGUGGAGGAGGAGGAGGUGGCGCAGGAGCUGCCCUCUCUAGGUCCUUUGGCCUGGGAGGAGGCGCGGGGCUGGGGAUGAGAGCAGGAGGUGGGCUGGGAGGAGGCCUCGGACUGGGGCUGGGUGGUGGCGGAGGAGGUGGUGGAGGGGGUUUUGGUCUGGGCAUGGGUGGAGGAGGGGGUUUUGGUCUGGGCAUGGGAGGAGGAGGGGGUUUUGGUCUGGGCAUGGGUGGAGGAGGGGGUCUUGGUUUGGGCAUGGGUGGAGGAGGGGGUCUGGGCGGAGGUGGUGGGGGCAGCAGAGCCUUCAGGGCUGGGGUCGCCCCUCUCAGAGCUCGUCUCGGAGGCCGGGUCUUCAAGAUCGGCGGCUACGGCUUCAACCCCUCCUUCCUGGGCUCCAGCACCACGGUGGACGCUGGCGUCAGCCCCGUGCCCAGUGUGGACCCCUCGCUGCCUUCGCUCGACACCGUCCAGGUCACCCGACUGAAGGAGAAGGAGGAGCUGCAGGUCCUCAACGACAAGUUCGCCACCUUCAUCGACAAGGCGCGGUCACUGGAGCAACAGAACGCCAUUCUGAAGGCCAAGAUCUCGAUGUUCACUAACCCAGACCAAGGUGGGCCGGCUAGCACCUCCAUCCUCCUCACCUCCGCCAUCGGCACCUACAAGACCCAAAUCGACAGCCUGUCGGCCACCAAGGAGUCUAUCAUCGCUGAGAUCGAGCACUACAGGAGAGUGAUCGACGACGUCCAGAGCAGGUAUGAAGAGGAGUCGGCACAGACCAAGUCCCUGGAGAUGGACUGGACCACCCUGAAGGAGGAGGUGGACCACCUGUACCUGAGCAUCUUCGAGCUGCAGACCAGCAUCGGCGGACUGGAGGACCAGAUCUCUCUCUCCAAGCAGGUGUACGAUGCUAAAGUGAAGGAGGUGAGGAACAUUGUGACAGGCAGUGUGAAGUCGGCCUUCUCCAUCUCCGUGGACAACACGGCGCAGGCCCAGGACCUGACCUCAGCCCUCGCAGACGUCAAGUCCCACUACGAGGCUCUGGCCCAGCGCAGCAAGCAGGACGCCCUGCUCUCUGUACAGGACAGCAUUUCCAUGAUGUCGCUGUCGUCCCAGCCCAGCACCCAGAGCCUCACUCAGUCCAAGGAGGAGCUGCGAGUCUACAAGCUCCAGAUCGAUUCAGUUCAGAGAGAGAUCGACAGGCUCAAAUCCCUGAACAUCCAGAUGGAGUCCCAAGUGGAGGAGGCCGAGUCUCACUCCUCCUCCCACACAGAGACGUACCACGAGCAGCUGCUCAUCCUCAGGUCCCAGCUGGACGACAUCCGCAAGCAAAUCACCCAUUACGGACAAGAAUACCAGGAACUGCUGGCCAGUAAAAUGUCCCUGGAUGUGGAGAUCACAGCGUACAAGAAACUUCUAGACAGCGAAGAGAGAAGGAUCAAGUCAGGUGGAGGCGUGACAGUGCACAUGUCCAAGACAGCGACCGGUGGAGGUCUAACCCUUGGAGGAGGAGGGGGUGGAGGAGGAGGGGGUGGAGGUGGAGGUCUGGGUGGAGGGUACGGAUUGGGAGGAGGUUUUGGCGGGGGUUACGGUGGUCUGGGAGGGGGGCUAGGAGGCUUGGGUGGUGGUGGGUUUGGAGGAAGCUUGGGUAGUGGUGGUGGGUUUGGAGGA